CAGCACGGUCUGAGAUGGCUGGCGGUAAGGCUGGAAAAGACUCCGGAAAGGCCAAGACAAAGGCGGUUUCCCGCUCGCAGCGAGCCGGCUUGCAGUUCCCUGUGGGCCGUAUUCAUCGACACCUGAAAUCUAGGACAACCAGCCACGGACGUGUGGGCACCACCGCCGCUGUGUACAGCGCAGCCAUCCUGGAGUACCUCACCGCAGAGGUACUAGAGUUGGCAGGAAAUGCAUCAAAAGAUUUAAAGGUAAAGCGCAUUACCCCACGUCACUUGCAGCUCGCUAUUCGUGGAGAUGAAGAAUUGGACUCUCUGAUCAAGGCUACAAUUGCUGCUGGUGGUGUCAUCCCGCACAUCCACAAGUCUCUGAUUGGGAAGAAGGGACAACAGAAGACCGUCUAA